CUUUCGGGAUAUUGAAAGUUUCACAACAACUCGAAAAUUAAAUUAAACGAAAAAAAGUCUUUAAAACAAAAACUUAAAAAAGUGCUUAAGAAUUUCGAAAUUUAGUAUAACAAAUUAAGUCACAAAGAUGACAAGUGUCUAUCCUAGUCAGUCAACUCCCUCGUUCCUCAAGAAAUACACAAAGAGCGUUUACAAUCGCGUUCAAUAUAAUGCACAUCAUGAUGCCCAUCAUCAAAAUAUGGACGAGGCUGCAAUCGACCUUCAACCAUAUCGAUCAACACCAUUAGUCUUGCCUGGCGCAAAAGUCUAUCAAAAUAAGAACUUGCCAACAGAAAGCUACUUGCGUCACCAUCCGAAUCCACAAAUGCGUGCCAAUUUGUCACAGGAUUAUGCAUAUGUUGAUAACGCUAUGAAGCAAAAGGUUGCUGACAGUGUAUUGCAACGUGUCGUUGGUCCAGAAGAGGCAACUGUAAACGGUCAAAAGGUUGUACACAAACAAUUCAACUCACCAAUCGGUCUUUAUUCAGACAGCAAUAUUGAGAACACAAUCAAGAGCACAAUGUCUCCUCUUUCACCUAUUGCACCAGCUUCAACUGGUUCUUCAUCAGUUCCAUCACCAAAUCCAAAUGGAACUAUGAACCGCCAACAACUUCCAACAAAAAUUCAAGGCUAUAAGAAAACGGUCGUCUAUGAUCCAAUGAAGAGUGAAACAUUCAAAGCACUUCAAGACAGCACUUUUGUCGAUGGAAAAGUUCAUGAAGUCGCUAGUCCAGCUCAACACAGAGUAUUUAUGCCCAAUCGUGUAGUUCCAGGAAAGAAGCCACCAGUCUCUUCUUUCCCACCACCUGAUCCAAUUUCAAGAAUCCCAACAAAUCAAUUGGGUGAGGCAAAUGACAUCAUUCACCAAAGUGGAAGCUUCAAGCGAUUGAUGUAUCACGUUUUGGGCGAAAGUGAUUACUAAGCAGUCAAACGGAAAUCUAAUUAAGCAUUAACAUCAAUUCGACAAAAAAACAAGAAAUUGGAUAUAAAACAUAAAUAAAAUAUGUUAUAAUGGAAUGAAAAAACGAUUUUAUAACGAUAAUCAAUUCUAAUUGUUACUUAACUUAACUUUUCUUAUUAGUUCCAAAAAUGUUAAUUUCUUAUUAUUAUUAUUAUUUAAACGUUAUUUGAAGCAACACAUUGAUUUGCUGAUGAGUGAAGUCUCUAGUCACAUAAACACACACAAAGAGUUUAUUAAUAAAUGUUAAAGUCUGUCUCACAACCUCCUUACAGUCGAGGUGGGAGACGCGAAACUUUUCUUUUCUUAAAUUUAAAAUUUUAUUCUGAGAGGAAAUAUUGUUGAGAUAAUUAAGCUUUAUCGAACCUAUUCUGUAUCAAUCAUUGUAAAUAAAUGAAUAAUAAUUUUGAGGAAAAGCAAGCAAGUAAAUAAAUAAAAUGUUAAUUCAGAC